AAUUUAAGAGUUUAGAUCAAUUUAAAUGUGUAUUUACAGUGCUGUAGAUAUAUUUUUAAUCUAGUCAAGCAUUAAAAGAUGUAGAAAUGAUUUAAUUAAAAUAAUAAUAUUAUAUUUUUACGCAAAAGAGGAGUUAAUUUUCGAGUUGCUAUUUUCCUAAAUUCCGAUGCAUUUCUGGAUCGACAAACGCAGCCAGUGCGCUUAUAGCGGCCGCCACCGCGUACCGUCCUCAUUAUCAGCUGGCGUGGGGAGGUCGCGCGGGCGCGUGUGCGCGGCGGCGGGCCGCAAGGGCAUGGCAGCGCCCGUGCACCGCUUCGCUCCCGUCGACUGCGCGCCGCGCCGCCCCAGACCUCUGCGACACUAUGGGCCUCCACCUAUGCCAGCUGUACACUCGAGCAGGCGUCAAAAUGAAGAGUCAAGCCUGUAUGUGGAAAUUCCACCGGAACCACCUCAGCCGACUAUCGCAAGUCUCGCUGCCGCCCGCAGCGUGACGCCGGACACGUUGCUGCGGACCGCAGCGCUGGGGCUCCACCACUCGCCUAUGAUGGCUCCUCAUUUAAAGUUCGGAAUGCUGGUUUCUUUUGCCUUGGCGACCCUGUUUCUCGCCGGAGCGAAGUAUUAUUUCGAUCGGCAGGUAAUAACCGCGGAGAGCAGCGGCGAGGCGGGCGUGGUGUGCGCGGCCGUGGCGUGCGUGUGCGGCGUGGGCUGCGCGCUGUCGCUGUGCCGCGCGCGCAGCCCGCCGCCGCCGCCGCCGCCCGAGCGCGUGUCGUCCACCGCGCGCCGCCACCCGCGCACGCCCACGCGCGCGCCCGCGCCGCGGGAGACGGCCCUGUCGGAGCCCGAGGACAUCUCGCUGACGGUGCUGCCGCGCGCCGAGCGCGAGGCGGCGGGCGAGGCGCGCGGCGCGGAGGCCCCGCCCCCCUACCACAUCGCGGUGCUGCUGCCCGCGCGCGCGCCCUCGCCGCCGCCGCCGGCCUACUCCGCGCUCAGCUAGCCCACAGCCCGCCCCGCGCCGGAGCUCAUCAUAUAGUGGCCGGCGGUGGGCGCGAUACCGACCUCCAUCGGAGUGUGUUCGUCUGCGAAGUAGCCCUCGUGUUGCUUGUGAAGUGAUUGAAAUGUUCUCAAAUGUAAAGAAGUAUGUUGAAAAUUUAAGAAAAACUAUUCGAGAUGUUGUCGUACGAUCGUUUUACUUUGCAUCCGAUAUGGUUCUAGUGGAAUGCAAAUAAUUUCACUCCGGUGCGUUAUGUUAAAAUAUUUUUUAACGAUCUCAAACAUUCCACUUUAUUUGGCUUGGAGUUAAUUAAGACUAAACUUAAGUAAUUGUUAGACAAACGAACUAGACUAUUGUAUAUUUAUGUGUGUUGUGUACGGACCAACAUAAUAAAAUUUUAUUGGUGUGCCAUAUUUAU